GGUCGAAGAGGCGAGGCCUGGGAUCCGAACUUCCUCCCACGGUAGCUUCGGCUGCGCCUAGACUGCGUACCCACCCUCCGCUGGGGUCUGAGACCCCGCUGGCGGCCGUGGCGGAGGGUCCAGAGCUGGAGGCCUGAAUCGGGUGGCAUUCUGGCGUGAGGCAGCGGGCUCUGCGACCCUGCGAGAUGGAUGGCGCAGAAGGUAACUCGGGGCAGCCCGGCCCCGCGGAGCGGUCCCACCGAAGCAGCGUUUCCUCCGUGGGGGCCCGGGCAGCAGAUGUGCUGGUGUACCUGGCUGAUGAUACAGUGGUGCCCCUGGCUGUGGAGAACCUGUCCUCCAUCAGUGCCCAUGAGCUGCACCGUGCAGUCCAGGAAGUCCUGCAGCUCCCAGACGUGGCCCUGGAGGCCUUUGCACUCUGGCUUGUCUCCCCUCUUCUGGAGGUGCAGUUGAAGCCCAAGCAUCAGCCCUACAAGCUGGGCCGCCAGUGGCCAGAGCUGCUGCUGCGAUUCACCGAUGCCUCGGAUGAAGACGUGGCCAUGGAUGAGCCUUCCCUUCAGUUCCGAAGGAAUGUGUUCUUCCCAAAGCGCCGAGAGCUCCAGAUCCGUGACGAGGAGGUCUUGCGGCUGUUCUAUGAGGAAGCCAAGGGCAACGUGCUGACUGCUCGGUACCCUUGCGACCUGGAGGACUGUGAGGUGCUGGGUGCCCUCAUAUGCCGUGUGCAGCUCGGGCCCUACCAGCCUGGCCAGGCUGCUGCCUGCACUCUGAGGGAGAAGUUGGACUCCUUCCUUCCUGCCCACCUCUGCAAACGAGGCCAUGGCCUCUUUGCUGCCUUCCGGGGCCGCGGGGCCAAGACUGGGCCAGGCGAGCAAGGCCUGCUGAAUGCCUACCGCCAGGUGAAGGAAGCAGCCGGCAGUGACAGUGAGCCUGAGACCACCUUGGGCUCCCACUAUCGCGCCUACCUCCUCAAGUGCCACGAGCUGCCCUUCUACGGGUGUGCCUUCUUCCAUGGUGAGAUCGACAAGCCGGCCCAGGGCUUUUUGCAUCGGGGCGGGCGCAAACCAGUUACCGUGGCCAUCAGUCUGGAGGGUGUGCAUGUCAUCGACAGCAAGGAGAAGCAUGUGCUGCUGGGUCUGCGCUUUCAGGAGCUGUCAUGGGACCACACAUCCCCCGAGGAGGAGGAGCCUGUCCUGUGGCUGGAGUUUGAUGGUGACAGUGAGGGCACACCUGUCAACAAGCUCCUGAGGAUCUACUCCAAGCAGGCUGAGCUGAUGAGUGGCCUCAUUGAGUACUGCAUUGAGCUGAGCCAGGCUGCUGAGCCCACUCUGCCCCAGGAGAGUGCAUCUGGUCCCCAGGAAGCUCCCAGCCCCUCUCCACCUCCCAUUCAGCGCCCCAAGCUGCGGAGACAGGGCAGCGUGGUGUGUAGCCGGAUUCAGCAUCUCUCCACCAUUGACUAUGUGGAAGACGGCAGGGGGAUCAAGCGGGUGAAACCAAAGCGCACCACAUCCUUCUUCAGCCGGCAGCUCUCCACCAGCCAGGGCAGCUACACCGUGGUGCAGCCCACUGAUGACAGCCUGGAGCAGAGCUGAGGGAAGCCAUGCCUGACAUCUGGAUGCCCCAGACCUGAACAGGCACUGCCCUAGGCCGGGCCAAGCCACCUCAGUCCCAGAGGCUGUGGGCCUGGGCCAUGCUGUGCAGGGUCUGCUUUGGAAAAGUGAUGUCCAAGCCUGCCCUGAACCUGACUGGGAGGAGCUGGCCUGCAGCCCCCUCUACAGCCUGCCUCUUCCUGAACUCCAGGCCCAGCCGCUGCCCCUCCUGCUCAUCCCCAGGUGGACUGUGUCCUCUCUCUGAAGGGACUGCUGGCAGUUCCGAUGGCAGGUGACUGCUGCUCAGAGCUCAGGGCCUGCAAGUUCAGUGUUUGCCCUUGGUCUCCGGGACCGCAGUGACCUCACCUUGUAUUCCUUCUUCUGACAUUCCGCCCACACCGCCAGGACAGGCUCUGCCUUCUCUCCUGGGGUGUGUGGGACUGGAGGUCCGCUCUGCAGGUGGAGGCCUGUGUGUCCGGUCUCUGUCCUAGGGACUGGCUCCACACUCCACACAAAGAAAGCCCUGGCCAGCCCUCCCACUUCCCUGAGCUUGACUGGAUCUGCCACACCUGCCAGGCCCGUUCUUUUCCUGUCAUCUGGGUCUCAGGGUGUUAGAUUUCGUCUUGUUUCAUCUGCUUUGAUGAGAUGACCUGGUAACUCCAGCGAUCCCCUGCUAGCCUCAGUCUGCUCUGUGGGCUUCCCUGAGGCCAGCCCCACUAACUCAAGCCUUCUCUCCCAAGGAUGUUGGAAAGGGGGCCUGGCUCUGGUCCCCGGAAGCAGCGACUGCUCUAGAGAGGAGCUGGUCCAGGGAGGGAUGCUUCCCAGGCCCUUGGGCCCCACUGGGGUGAGUGUGCAGCUCUCAGUACUUCCUGGGAAUUCCCACAGGGUCCCAGAGACACAGAGCUCCACUUUGUCUUCUCAGUGGAAAACCACAGAAGUGCAAACCCUCACAUUUCUCUAAGUGAGAGCAGCUUACCAGCCCAGUGGGCUCCAGAGGUCUUGGCAGCAGAGAGAAGGAAAAGGCCGACUUCACUUUUGGAAUGUCUGUCUGUAGGGUGAUGUCACCUGCACUUGUGGUCAGUCUCUUGGAGUCAUAUACCUUUGAAGAGCUGCCGGCCUACUCUCUUGGCGACGACAGCCUUGGUCUUCCUGACUGCUGUUGAUGGCUCCAGGUGUGUUAUGUGAGGGGCCAGGGUGUGUGUGUGUGUGUGUGUAUGUGUGUGUGUGUGUGUGUGUGUGUAUACACGAACUAUGUAUUUCCAUUAAGCAUCACUUGUGCCUUAACCCUCCGGGACAGAGCACUGUGACUAGAUGUCCCGAGUGUCCUCCGUCUUUCCUGUCAUUUGACUUAUUAAUAAAAUCAGUGCCUACCA